GUCCCGACAUGCGCGCGCAUCAGAGAGCUGUACCGCACCGGGAGCAUGCGCGGUCGUGAGGGCAACAAAAGCGCUGUCUUUCCUACAGCCUUGGAAAAUGCUGUUGCUGUUCAAUGAUGGCAAGUUUUCAGUGAUUGUGCUGCAGCUUUGCUCCUGUCUCCCUUUACAGUGAUCUCACUGACAUCUACAGAGCAACAAGUAGUGAUGGCUAUGCAGCAGGAGAAAAAACACCAGCCAGUCAGGCAUGUAGAAGCUCCAGAUGGAGGUUGGGGCUGGAUGGUGGUGGUUGCAUUCUUUAUGGUUUCAGCCCUGGUUUUUGGGCUAAUCCGCAGCCUAGGGGUUUUCUUUGUUGAGUUUGUUCAGUACUUUGGGGAGAGCGCACAGGCUGUUUCCUGGAUAACCUCCAUAGGAGUGGCCAUGCAGCAGUUACUGAGUCCUAUAGGCACCGCUGCUUGUAACGCAUAUGGGGCUCGUCCUGUUGUUAUGUUGGGAGGCUUUCUUUCUGGACUAGGACUCAUUCUGGCUUCUCAAGCUACAACACUCCCGCACCUCUACCUGACCAUGGGACUCCUUACAGGGUCAGGAUGGGCUCUAGUUUUUACCCCUACAAUAGCCUCUGUGAUGCAGUAUUUCAGCACACGGCGUUCUCUAGCUAUGGGCCUUGGCUUCACAGGUGUGGGUUUAUCCUCCUUUGCAUUCUCUCCACUUUUCCAGUACCUGGUUCAGUUUUAUGGGUGGCGUGGGUCACUCCUGAUUCUCGGUGGUCUCAGCUUCAACAUGGUGGUCAGCGGUGCCCUUAUUCGACCACUCAGACCCACUAUAGUUGUGGGAAGGAGUAAAAGCAACAGCGUGUCAUACAGCAGUAGGUCUUUCUUUUCCCGCUCCUGUGAGUAUUUUGAGCUGUCACUGCUCUUGCACCGAGGCUUCCUCACCUACAGUUUGGCUGUCACAUGCUUCAACGCUGGGUACUUUAUUCCAUAUGUCCACCUUGUGGCCCACAGUCGCCUUGUGGGCUUCAGCGAAUUCCAGGCUGCGUUUGUCAUUUCCAGCACGGGUGUGACAGACAUUGUGGGGCGUGUGGUGUCCGGCUGGACCUCCGAUUUGCAGCGCGUGCGCUCGCUCCACCUACUGACCAUAUGGACGGCUUUAGUGGGUUUGUUCCUCCUGCUGCUGCCCCUCUGCUCACUGCAAGGAAACUAUGUGGGUCUGCUGACAGUCAGCCUGGCAUAUGGCUUCUGUGCCGGUGCCAUGACCCCACUGGUGUUUUCUGUUUUGCCAGAGAUUGUGGGCAUGGAACGCAUGGUCAGUGCACUUGGGCUCCUGCAGUUUAUUGAGAGUGUUGGAGGCCUGCUAGGAGCUCCACUGUCAGGCUGGUUGCGGGACCUCACAGGUUCCUACACAUGUUCCUUUGCCGUAGCUGGUGGAUUUCUCAUCUUGGGUACCAUAAUAACAGCGACUCUUCCUCAUUUCUGUUCCUGUACCAACCCCCCACCCCUAUCACCAAAGAAGACCAAAAAUGAGUCAACUGACGACGAGCUAGUUAAACAGGUUUUAUCCUUGGAUUCCACAGAAAAUAUACAAAACACAGACAGGAUUUCAGAAACACUUCCAUCUCAGAACCACAUCACAGAACCAGGUCUGGAAGUGGAAGACACACCUCUAAGUGCAAACCGGACAGAAGAUGGGGCUAAUUGUUGAUCGGCUUCGUGGAGCAGUAAGGGCUUGCCACAGGAUUUACAUUGACUAAGGAUACUGAUUUUUUUUUUUUUUGCUGCUGCUUAUUCUUUUUAUUGUGAACGACCUCAUUAUGGGACAACAUUUACAAAGAAAGUAAAGUAGCAGGUAAAUAUAAACCUGACAGAAAGAACCAUCGUCAAAAAUUGUAUACCACCACAGUUCCCUUUAGGAAUAAAAUUCAAGCCAGAAAAGUGCCAGUUUUUAGUUUCAGACACAUUCUUCUUUCUUAGAAACCUUGUUUGUUCACUGUUAUUGUUUCUUUGCAUCUAAACCAGCAUUGUAGACUGGUAUGCUGCAU